UGCGCUUGGAAGACCGACGGGUGUGCGGGCGGCGCGGGUCGGCGCCGGCGCGAGCGCCACCGCGGGGGCGUGCGGCCGUUAGCGAGCGCGGCAGACCGGGCUUGGGGGCUCAGGGAUGCCGCGGCUCCUUUGCUUCGGUCUGUUGGGGCUCUGGCUCCUUCCGCUUCGGCUCUCUGAUGAGCAAAGCUCCGGAAGCAGAGCCAGGAAGCUGUGCGGGAGGCACCUGCUGGAAAGAAUAGUAAAGCUCUGUGGCGAUGCUGACUGGAGCCACUUUGAGGAGAAUACCCCCUUCAAAACACAGCUGAUUCCCCAGACGUCGAAGAAAAGUGAAAGCUUCAUCCCUGACCGGUUGAAAAGCUCCCAAACCACUGCCCGGGUCUGGGGAAAAGGCACAAGCGCAGUCUCUACUUCUGCCUCUCAGAAAGAAUCAAUAAACAAUGUGGAGAUGCAGUCACCUCCUGAGCAUCAAUAUAAAAAGGACUACUUGCUACCUAAUAAGACAAGAGAAUUUGCCUCAUCGCAAGAUAUUGAUUCAUAUGUUCAUGAGAUUAUAGAAUAUCAGAAGAAAAAUACAAACAAAAUUAAAACCUUAAGGAAAUUGAUUAGGGGGAAUCAUCCUCAAAGAAUACGCAGAGGAUACUCAGAAAAGUGUUGCCUUAAAGGAUGUACAAAAGAAGAACUUAUCGUUGCAUGCCUUCCAUAUAUUGAUUAUAAAAACUUAAAGAAAGGAGCAUCAGUUGUGACUGAAAUACACUAAACAUCAUAGGAAUUAUACUAACUUAAUAAAAGCUUAAUAUGUUUAUUUUAUUAUUUAUUUAUUUAGUUUUGGUAGUUGUCCUUGUAGGUUCUCUGCUGUGAACACCUGAAUGUACUUGCAAGCAUUUGACAAUAUAUUAUGCUGAUAAAGGAAUCUUAGUUUUUUCUUUGUUGACCCCUAUUUUUCAUAAUUUUUAUAUUUGAAGAUGUUACUAGAGAUGGCAAGAUCCAUGUAAACAUCUAAGGAUUAUCUGUUCUUGUCAUUUCGGUUGAAAUUCUGU